UGGGCCCCUGUACCGCCUCCUCAUGCUGCUGCCAGGCCCGUAAAUCUGCCAUGGGCCCCUGUACCGCCUCCUCAUGCUGCUGCCAGGUCCAGAGUGUCUCAUGGGUCCCUGUACGGCCUCCCAUUGCUGCUGUCUCCAUCGCCACACUCUGCCAUGUGCCACUUUCAGGUCUCCUCACACUGCUGCUGGGUUCCAUUUUGUCAUAGGGUGCUGGCAGAUUACGGGCCUCCCAUUGCUGCUGCCAGGCCCGUAAUCUGCCAUGGGCCCCUGUACCGCCUCCUCAUGCUGCUGCCAGGUCCCAGUGUCUCAUGGGUCCCUGUACCGCCUCCCAUUGCUGCUGUCUCCAUCGCCCACACUCUGCCAUGUGCCACUUUCAGGUCUCCUCACACUGCUGGUGGGUUCCAUUUUGUCAUAGGGUGCUGGCAGAUUACGGGCUCUCCCAUUGCUGCUGCCAGG